AUGAGACAUCUUGAAGCUCACGAUGCCAUCACAUGCCGAUUCUUACUCAAAGUGUAUUGUAAAGUCGGGUACCACAUUUGGGAAAAAAGUAACUUCGGCGCCGGCAUCUGCCCAGAUCAGAAUAUGCUUAAAUUUAUUUUCGGAAAAGUUAUUAAUCUGAUGGAUUCCGUGGAUUUGGAAGCCGGUGAAUGGCUGGGAGGUGAAUGUAACAACGGACGUCCAAUCCUACGAGAUACAGUUUUGAUAACUCUUCUAGCAUGUGCCUCAAUAUUCGACACAAAGCAUGCAUCCGAAAUGGUAGAAACACGAUUCCAGCGGUAUUUCAACAAUUCCAAAGAAGUUGUCACCAAUUUUAUGGCUCAAGAUGAUCAUCUUAUGGCGCUGGGCAUCGCUACCUUAAGUCUGAAGAAUUUUUACCACGGGCGGUCAAUCCUAUGUUUUCAUGAAAUCUCGACAUUUGUUUUGAUGACAACAUCUUUUGACAACACAAUAAUUUUGGAUUGGAUAGAGAACAAUGUAAGUUGUCUGGCUUUCUGUAUUCGUUUUCUGAAAGAAAUUGGAGGGUCUGCAACUUCCACAAAAGAAUGGGAUGGCUACCUGGCUGCCUUGCAUGACAAAAUCAAAGAAGGCGUCUUCAUACCUAAAAGUAACAAUGGAAGAUGGGUGACAGAACCACGAACAAGUAGUAAUGACAUCAUAAUGAAAGUUAAGUCCAUGAAAAGUUCAAAAGGCAAAAUUGAGCAAAUUAGAUGUCGAGCCUCUGAAUCAAAGCACAUAUUUGUGGAAGAACCGGACACACUGAACUACAAGGACGAUGAUUAUGAUGACUUACUAGUUCGCAUUUAUCUCUGUUUUUUUGCUCUCAGAUCUGACAUAAUGGAACCUAAGCGUUCAAGUAAAAUACCCUUUGACCCUCAAUAUCUUAAUAAGCUCAUCAACUCAUUUGGUGAACAAGUGCAAUCACUAAGACAAUAA